GAUCGGGACCUGUAGCCGACGUCAUGCGUCAUUGCUUCUGGCGGCACGUUCAGUGGGUGUACAAAGAUGGCGGCGCAUAACUUCCGGUGAGAAGACCAAGGUGAUGGCGCUCACGAGUUUUAGCCUUGCUGAAUGAUUGAUAAGCGGCAGUCUCGAAAAUUUAAAGAAAAACUGCGCCUGCGUGUUGUUUUGGGACAGGGUAGGUAUACAGCCUCCUAAGAAAUGGAUCAGGUCAUUGUGCCCGUCCCUCAUGAGAUCCAAGAGAUCAUCGCUGAGUUAUCUAAGAUCUGUGAUGGAGAGAGACUGGUGGAGGUCCUGUCCAAGGCCAGACGUUACCUAGGAGGUGGAGCGAACCCGGCCAUGGAUCAGGAGAUCGCAGAGUUUAACAGAACACAUUACACCCCUUUCCUCAGGUUUUUGGUGGCCCAAAUGGGACCUCAGUGGUUUGACUUUCUGACAUCUGACCGUAUGGGCCUAUGGGACAGUUUUUUCUUAGAGGGUCCAGCAGACCAGGCAUUCCUAGUUCUGAUGGACAGCUUGGUGAGAACAGGACCCUGUGUCCGCCUCGAUCGCUGUGUUCAUGUACUGGAGAAGUUCUUGCAGAAUGGAGCUCUGGCCGAGGUCAUAUGGGAAGUUUGUCAGCAGCAGCUGGAGGCCACGCCAACACCGAUCUUACAUGAAGCCAUCCUGAGCAAGAUCUGCAGCCUACCCGAUCAUGUAGCGAAUUGUCUCCAAAAACACACUAAAGAAGUUUUUUUCCCUAAAAACUAUUACCCCCGUGUGGGGAACGCCAUACUGUGCGUACUGAAGAUGGUUUCUGUAUCUCUAAGAGAUGGGAAAGGUUGCUCCAUUUCUUUUGUAUCUCAGCUCCUGGGGAAAGUCUGUAUGCAGGGGCGCCACAGGGAACUGUUUUCUGUACUGGUGCCGCGCCUGACCACUCUGGUCCAAUCGGAUUGCAUCUGGCAGAGGAUCUGUUGGCGACUGAUCGAGUCUGUUCCUGACAGGUGGAUGGAGCCGGUGGUGACUGGGCUAGUUCAGAUGGCAGAUGGGCCUGCGACUCUCUCCAAGUUACUGGGAGAUCUGGUUCUGAAGAAUAAAAAAGCUCAGUUCCUUCUCACUCAGAAGAUGCUGUUUUUGCAGUAUGGUACUAAGAGAGAGACCUUGCAGAACAUUCUAGGAUAUUUGUCUAUGGAGAAAAGUUGCCGGCCAUUAUUGGUUAAGGCCCUGAAGGAGCUUCUAGAAGUCUGGUCAUCUAGCAGUGUAGUCAAACACUCGCCAUAUCCCCAGCUCCUUUACCUGAGUCGCUCCAUAUUUAUUUCCUUGAAUCUCUUGAAUAAAGAAGAAACUGAAGGCUGCAAGCAAGAGAUACUCUUCGCCCUGACCUCUGGGACUCGCCUGUAUCUGGACAGUUCUCUUCCUCCAGUCAGAUGCUUGGGCAUGGUAGUUGCCGAAUGUCUGAGCCGCUAUAUGGAGCCCGGAGGUCCUAGUCUUUCUUUCCAAUAUCAAGAAGAUGAGGAGAUCAAAGACCUCAAGGCUCUGCUGACCCCUCCAUCCAUUUGUGCGGUGAAUCCAGAGGGUGCUAAGGAGAGCUCUCAGUCCAUAAUUCAGCCUUCAAAGAUUGAUAACAAACAGAGUGGGGAGCCCAAGGCUGACACAGGAUCAGACUCAGAAGUCGAUAGUGACGAUGACCUGACUCCAUAUGAUAUGAGUGCUGAUACCGAGCUGAGGAAAGACAAAAUUCCAGCAUAUAUCCGGGAUUGUUUGGAAGCACUGUUGUCAAAUGAUGUGGAGAAACUGGAGGGGACUAUGACUUCAUUAUCCAGCUUGAUUCGUUCAAACCCUUCCGCCACCAAAGAGGUUAGUGCUGAGCUAGUCAAGAUCCUCUUACACCUCGAAGACUGCCCCGGUGUGGAGAACUUCACACAGCUGAGAUACGCAGCCAUGGUUUCUGUCACGGUUAUAGAUCCUAUACCGGUGUCUCAGUAUAUUACCGGAGAAUUCUACGCUUUAAACUACAGCCUGCGGCAGCGAAUGGAUAUAUUAGAUAUUUUAGUAGCCGCCGCUCAGGAGCUGUCAGAGUCUGUGAACCCAAAAAAAGGAGAGGCCCCUGAGAAGGUGACCCAUGAUUUACAGUCUACAAGAAGCACACAUGGGAACCUGAAUGGUGAUGCAUCUGCUGACUGGAGGAAAAUUGUGGAGGAAAGGAUUGCAAACAAAACCAGACGCUUUGCCAAGAGUCAGAAAGCUACCACCCCAGCCUCCACACCAAACAGAUUCCAUGCAGUUGUAGGACACUUCUUCUUCCCACUGAUACAGAACUAUGACAAGCCCGUUGUGACAUUUGACCUCCUUGGAGAAGAUCGUCUGAUCCUUGGGAGACUAGUUCAUACGCUGGGCAUCCUGAUGCACCUGGCUUUAAAUGCUAUGGCUGCUUCUCAGAUGGGGAAGGCAUUGCUGGAAUUUGUGUGGGUCCUUCGCUUCCACACUGAUCCGUUCGUGAGACAGGGUCUCCUGUUCUGCGUGUCCACCAUCCUGCUAAGUGUCCCCUGGGAGCGUCUCAUGACUGACAUGUCUGAAGAGGUGCUGGAAAUGAAAUGCUGGCUGGCAGAUGCGGCGGAGACGGAUGCAGAUGACCAUUGUCGCCGCCUGGCCCUCAAUGCCCUCCUGCUAAUGGAGAAAUUACGAAGUAACCUCCAGCCCCCAACCAGUGAACCUCUGUGCUGACCUCUUGGAAUUCGCAAAUGGUCUAUUGCUGUACUUGUAAACCCAACUAUGGGGCCAUCCUACAGUUUACUGAAAAGUAUCCGCAUAUCUAAAAUAAAACUUCAAUAAUCCGUCACAAGGUAUUGGGACUUUGUGGGAUGCCAGAUUAGCUGUAAUACCAGAGUUUCUCUCUAUCUUGCCCCAUAUCAGCUACUGAGUAACCAGGUCCGCCCCUGCAUGGGAGACCAAUGAAAGAACAGGAUCGGCAUGUUACUGUAAAAACAUUAAUUUUUUUCUUCUCAAUUCAUUUGUUUAGGUGAAAUAAAUAA